AUGUUUUUGGUAGAUGAGCGUCUCAAGCCAACCGCUUGCUGGGAGUUUGAAGGUGAAAUUUUAGUCCUACAUCAUCCAACAACCAUCAGUCCUAAAUAUCAAGCUAUGGGUAAGUUUGUGUAAGGAAAAGCCGGAAUCUAUAAGUAGAAAUUAAACACUUUGUGCAGUAUCAUUUUUAAGACACUAAGAGUCUAAGGUCAGUGCCCACAAACAUUUCUUACAAAUCCUUUAAAACUUACAAUUUACCCAUGCAAAAUUCCUACUGUGAGAUCACAGAAACUUUGAUAGUGUAACCAACCUUCAGAUACUAAAAUAAAAUAUUUUAUUUUAGUACAUUGCGGCAGUAUACGUCAAACGGCGACCAUCUUGGCUAUGAACAAAGACCACUUACGUACGGGCGACAAGGCGUUGGUACAUUUCCAGUUUAUAAAACAACCAGAAUUGCUAAAACCUGGUACUCGUAUGGUCUUCAGAGAAGGUCGUACCAAAGCGGUUGGUACUAUUGUGAAUAUCUCUCCUAAUCCUCCGCCCAAGCCGAUACCAGUGACGAAGUUGAAGCCUCGCGUUCAUCAUAAUAAACAUCGAUAUGGUGGGAACAAAACUAGGACUACGCCGAAUACGGAGUAA